AUGGAAGAUUUAAAAAGACAAUUAUGUUUUAAUAUUAAAAACUCAAUUAUUCAUACAGUUGAUACAGAGGAUCAAUGUUAUGUUAUGGAUAUAUCAGUUACACCAAGUUUAUUAGCUGCAGCAGGUUCAAAUUUCCUUAUUAAAGUCUAUGAUAGAUCAAAUAACUCAAUUGUAAAUAUUUUAAAUGGUCAUAAAGAUAGAAUUAACGAGAUUAGAUUUAUCGAAAAUACAAAUACAUUAUUAUCAUGUUCAGAAGAUAAAACUGUUAGAAUUUGGGAUUGCAAAACUGGUCAAUCAACCUCUAUUAAUCAACAAGAUGAAAUUUAUAGUUUUGAUUUAAAUGGUGAGAUUUUAGCAAUGGGUGUUGGAUCAACUGUAGUUUUAUAUAAUAUUUCAACCAAAAAAUUAAUUAGAAAGUUUGAAGAGUCACAUACACAAGAUGUUACAAGAGUUAGAUUUCAUCCAGUUGAUAAAAAUAAAUUAAUCUCAUGUAGUGUAGAUGGGUUAAUUUGCAUGUACGAUUUAGAGCAACAAGAUGACGACGAUGCAAUUAUACAGGUUAUCAAUGCUGAGGAUUCUAUUGGAGAAAUUGGAUUCUUUGGUGACCAAUACCAAUAUCUUUAUUCAUUAUCACACACCGAAAAAUUAACCCUCUGGGAUUUAGUCAGUGGUAACAAAAUUAAACAUUUUAACGAAAUUAGAACUGUUCUUUCAGAAAGAUAUGGCUAUCAAAUCAACUAUUUGGUAACUUGUCUCUAUGAUAAAUCAUCCAAUCAAUUAAUUUUAUUUGCUGGUGACUUUGAAGGCACCGGUUACGUAUUUUUAGUAACUAACGACGAUGUUAUCGAAAUUUCAAAACUACCAUCAGUCCACACUGAUGUUUUAAGAAAUGUUUAUUGGGAUAAAUUUAAAUCUGAAUUAAUUACUUCAGCAGAAGACAGCAAAAUUGCAUUUUGGGUUUCAUCAAAUAAUAAUAAUUUAACAAAUAGUAAUAGUAAUAAAAUGGUAUAG